AUGAACUUUGCUGAUGGGACCUAUGAAGUCUCCUUCUACUCCAAUGCAGUGGUCUCCAACAACGGCGAAGUGGCCUGGCUCCCACCAGCUAUCUACAAGUCGGCCUGCAAAAUUGAAGUCCGUGAUUUCCCUUUCGACCAGCAGAACUGCACCCUCAAGUUUCGCUCCUGGACCUACGACCACACUGAGAUAGACCUCAUCCUCCUCAGUGAUUUCGCCUCACGUGACGACUUCAAACCCAGCGGUGAGUGGGAUAUUGUUUCACUGCCUGGCCGCAAGAACGAAGACCCCAACGACAUCAGGUACCUGGACAUCACAUAUGACUUUAUUAUCAAAAGAAAGCCUCUCUUCUACACCAUCAACCUGAUCAUUCCCUGCAUCCUGAUCACGUCUCUGGCUAUCCUGGUGUUCUAUCUCCCGUCAGACUGUGGUGAGAAGAUGACGCUCACUAUCUCCGUCCUCCUGGCUCUCACUGUGUUUCUACUCCUUAUCUCCAAAAUUGUGCCACCCACGUCUUUGGCAGUGCCUCUGAUCGGAAAGUACCUGAUGUUUUCUAUGGUACUGGUCACCUUCUCCAUCGUCACCAGCGUUUGCGUGCUCAACGUGCACCAUCGGUCCCCCAGUACGCACACCAUGCCUCCGUGGGUGAAGCGUGUCUUCCUGUACCGGCUCCCCUCUUACCUCUUCAUGCGGAGACCCGGCAGCUCCAACAUCCGUGAGAAGUUCAGGAGAAAACACCAACAGAGAUCCUACUCCGACCAGAAGAUGUGUGAUGGAGGCCAUGGAGGAAUGGCGGAUUCCUCCUCAUCCUUCUUCGUCAACGAGGAGUCGGCCAAACGCUACGGCUGGAGAAUCAGCGACAUGUCAGACAACACAGAGUUCAGGAAGAGGAUGACGCUCAAGAACAACAUUGACGUGGAAGAUGCAGUAGAUGGAGUACGCUACAUCGCUGACAAGAUGAAGAGAGAGGAUGAUGAUGAAGGGAUCAUUGAAGACUGGAAGUACGUGGCCAUGGUGAUCGACCGUCUCUUCCUGUGGAUCUUCGUGUUUGUGUGUGUGGUCGGGACGCUGGGUCUCUUCAUGCAGCCUCUGUUCCAGAACUACUACACUCCCCUUGUUGAUGAGUAGGACAAUACAUGAAAGCUGCAACGUCAUUAUGAACUAACUUCACCCCUCGCCCCUCUGAACAGAGCUCGGACAACAUUUUAAAACAUAAACCUGUUCGUCUUGCAACACACGCUCACUGGACAAAUGAUAAUGAUGCACUUUAGACCUCUUCCACCACCUUCUCCCCUCCUUACUUCCACUCUGACAUCCUCCAUGUGUCCUGCCAUCCUCUGCUCCACUCUGCUAGGCAAAGGCAAACAGUACAUGUAUAACCAGUUACCAGAUGGACUUACUUUUGGACCACCUUAGUUGUUUUUCAUGAUAUCAUAAUAAAAAAACACAAUGGAGAGCUAUAAAAACAAGAACCAGGUUAUUAUUAACCAGAAUUAUUGUUUAAUUCAAACAAAAAAUAAAGCAGUCUUUCAUCAUUAUGCUCUUCCCUGGGGAUCGAUACAGGUCCAAUGAU